AUGGAAUGUAAUUUGUGCAAAAAACCAACAUCUAAACGUUGCUCGAGGUGUAAAAUUAAAUAUUAUUGCAGUAAAUCAUGUCAAAAGAAUGAUUAUGCAAAUCAUAUUCUGGUUUGCCCUCAAAGAUCAGCAGACAUUCAUGUUAAAGGAGUUUUUCAGCUACCACUUAACAUUAAAAAAGCAUAUGAUGAUGGUGGUUAUACCAGCGAAUAUUAUAAAUGGUUUUUAAAAAAUGAACACUUGUUGCAAGAUCUGAGUAAAUAUGAGGGUGAAAGAUCCCUUGAACCUUUAGCGGAUAAAAUGAUUUCACUUGUCAAACCGUACCUUUCUGAACAUGAUCUUUCUGAACAUGAUCAAGCAGUUCUUUCCAGCUCUCUUCCGGAUUCGAAACGUCAUAUUUGUAUUUUCUACUUAAUGAUACUUCAAGGAUAUCUUCCUCGAAUUGAGCAACCACACUGGAUUGACUUUGGAUUUUGUGCUUGUAAAGUCAGUGAUAAUUACCAUAGAGAGUUUAUUCUUAAUACCGUACAUAUUCCUAUAUUAUCUGCUGGAAAUUGUGAAUUAGCAGAAGAAGUUCGGUUAAAAAACUUGUAUCAGGAACUUAUAGUUCAAAAAGGCUGCAAGAUCGAUGAAUUCAAUGAUGCUUAUAUAUCUGGAACCGUAUUAGAUUUGAUAAAGAGAAAAUAUGACAAAACUAAUACUAGUUGGUUAUCAGCAAGUAAGAUAGAAACAUUUGGAUACAAUCAACCGGUAAAGAGCGUCUAUAAUCUCAAGCAGUAUAUUUUAAGCAAUUCUGUAGAUAUGGUACCUGCUGUAAUGGUUGAUUAUGGUUUUGGAAAUUGUCGCACAAAAGAUGAGGAAAAACAACUUAAAAAUAUGUAUGAAAAAUUGAUCUUUGCACCUCAAUUUGAUGCAAUUAGCUUACACAAGGCUUGCAUAGCAGGAAAAAUUUUUGAAUAUGUCAGCUCUAUUCUUCCUAAUGAUGUGUUAAGAGUUGAUCUUUUGAGAAAUCUGUACCCUUUAGAAGAAUAUUAG